CACGAGUGGCGCUUCCAUUUAUCGCAUAUGGCCUUGUCUCGCUGACGAUAAUCAAUCUCAAAUAUUUCGUAUCUAGAUACAACGUAAUUCAUGAUCGAAGCUUAUCACAACAAACACGUGACGUUAGUGUCGAGGUUUUCUUUGCGUCAUGUUUGACAGAAUUGAAAUUUUCUCGAAUUACGUAGAGUAGAAUAAUCAAAAUUAAAAGAAUAUUGCUAAGAAAAAUAUUUAUGCAUAUUUCUGUGAUAAAAAGAUCGAACUCUUCCUAUGCAAAAAACAAAAAAAAAAACAAAAAAAAAAAAAACUCCAUAGUUCUCCACGAUAUUAAUAUUCAUGACGUAGUACGUCUCAAGGAACUUCUUGAGUUUCAAGUCUCCAUUCUAAAAACAAUUAUACGGUCAAGAGAAAUACUUCGGCAGCAUUGGCGAUUGAUCUUUUCAACCAAGUAUUACACUGAAAACGUUUUUAAAGAGAAAAGUAAACGUCUAGGCAUAAUGAAAGACACGCCCUACUCGGUGGUACCCCUGCACAAACGAAUGGAACUAACGCGGCAGUGUGCAAAACUAGUGAAUUCCGAAUGGCCAAGAAGCGAAACGGCGCGGUUGAAAAGCUUGUACACUUCGUGUGAUAAAUUUCCCACGUGUCUUGUACUUUUGGAUGAUACAAGUGUCAUAGGACAUUGUAAAAUAUCCUUGGUGCCAAAUACAUGCGAUUGUUGUUUCAUAGAAUCUGUUGUAAUUGAUCAAAAAUAUAGAGGACGAGGUUUGGGUUCAUUGCUGAUGCGUCGUUCCGAAGAAUACGUGUCAAAGAGAGGAAUAACAAAGAUUCUUCUAUCGACAAAAGGACAAGAGGAUUUUUACAAAAAAUUAGGAUACAGAAUUUGCGACCCGUUAAGCUUGUAUGAUGAUUCAUAUCGAGAAAAAGAUUCUGCAAACUCUACGCCAGAAAAAGGAUCUAAAACAACGACAUCGAUAGGACCUCCUCCUCCACCCAUGCCAAGUAUACUACGGAAUACCAGUUUGCUGUUUUCAGCAGGAAAAACAUACAUGAUGAAGAUAUUAUGAAGUACCAAAUCAUUUUGGUAGAACUGCAACGAUGAUUAUUAUCAUUAUUAUUAAUAUUAUUAUAUUUAUAAAUGAAAGCCGCAUACAUAUUAUACAUAAAAAUUUUCUUUCAACUAUCGGUUAUCUGCCAAAUAACCUCAUCGACAAUGCGUAACUAUGUAACAUGUGUACAGUACUACGUGUAUAUUACAAUUUCUGUGAUAUUCCCUGCAAUCACCUCAACGCCUCCGCUUAAAAUAUACUUGUUUUAUAACUAUGUGUACCUGAAUCAGUAAAAUGUCCAAUGAAUUCAAACUGUCUUAUCUUACACAUUAUUUACUCUCGUCUGAUU